AUGAGUUUUGGAAUUCGUCUUCUUUUGUUCCUCAUACUAACCCUUCCACUUGUUACAUCUUCUGCACGCAACACUCUCUCUGUUUCAGAAUUUGGAAAGACAAGGAUUGCAAGGAAAUCGUUGAUGGUGAACAUCGAGGAUUAUGGUGAUCCAUCUGCUAACACCAGACACGAUCCCAGCUUUCCAACCGAUGCAAAGGCUGACACAACACCUUAAAA